GCCAUUUUCUUGCAGGAUUGUAUUCCCGCUGUUUCUGAUUGGCAACAAUUAAAACAUUAUUGCGUAGGUAACCGGACUUCGCUCGUGCAUACAUAUACAUUGAAAUCAUGUCAGUCGUACCCUCGAAUCGGCCGUCAACUGGAUGGCCCCGUGGAGUCAGUCAGUUCGGGAACAAAUACAUUAGCCAACCAGCUAAACCGCUCACGUUAGAGAGAACAAUUAAUCUGUACCCUCUUACGAAUUAUACGUUCGGUACAAAAGAGCCCUUGUAUGAGAAGGAUAGUUCCGUGGCCGCUCGAUUCCAGCGGAUGCGUGAGGAGUUUGAGAAGAUUGGCAUGCGCCGAACGGUGGAGGGAGUUCUCAUCGUGCACGAACACAGGCUUCCCCAUGUCCUGUUGCUCCAGCUAGGGACCACUUUCUUUAAACUUCCUGGAGGAGAGCUUAACCCAGGGGAAGAUGAAGUUGAGGGACUGAAACGUCUGAUGACAGAGAUUUUAGGGCGACAGGAUGGAGUAAAGCAAGACUGGGUUAUUGAUGACUGUAUUGGAAAUUGGUGGAGACCCAAUUUUGAGCCCCCACAGUACCCCUACAUUCCAGCACAUAUUACUAAGCCUAAGGAACACAAGAAGCUCUUCUUGGUACAGCUACAAGAGAAAGCAUUGUUUGCCGUGCCAAAGAACUACAAGCUAGUGGCAGCUCCCUUGUUUGAGCUGUAUGACAAUGCUCCAGGCUAUGGACCGAUCAUAUCCAGUCUCCCUCAACUACUGAGCAGGUUUAACUUCAUCUACAACUGAGUUGCAUAUGCAGAAUGAGACUGCAGGGCUGUCUCUAUGAGUUCAGUCUAACCAGAGAGGUUGAGGGGAGGGAGGGGGGGG